UUGUGAGAUGACAGUCUAUUUUUUUUCUAAGUUCCGAACGAAUACGGCGGAUCGGUAUCAGAUUGUAUCGCUUUUACCACAAGGAGCGGUGGUUAUUGUAAUGAUUGAGCCAUUACCAGGGACUGAGUGGUGAUUAGAGGUCAGAGGUCAGAGGUCUUAGUUAAACCCGGAUAUUUAGUUCCUUCUCACCAGGGUAGCAGUGAUAGGCCGAGUGUUUAACACCCACGUACUCCGCAAUACUUCACAGAGCCGCCUACGGGACCCCGUGACGUGUUCCGCGUAUCAAGGCAAUUCUCUCCCGAGUUUCUAGUAAACCAAAUCACGUGAUAACUUCUUUUCAAUGUGUAUCACCUGAUUUACUGUAAAUAGGCAUUUUACUUACAUUGGUUGAUAACUGUCCUGGAGUCAAUAUACCUGUAGACCGGAGGAUAUUUGAAAUCCAGAGAGAGGAGAUAAGUUACAAUAAAGUUGAGCCCGUGAUAAGAUGGAUUCCACUGAGAGUAACUUUGGUAUGGAUUCGGUAGGAAAACCCAUCAAUGCUGACAUGGAAGCUGACACGAAGGUCGAAACAGGUAUGGUGAACCUCGCUUUCGAAAGUGACGACCGUAUGAAAAAUGAUGACGACACUGCUAGUUGUCAUAGCAUUGAUGAGGCUAAAAAGGAGGCAGAGAUAAACGAUUUAGGGACAAUUUCUAACGGUACACAUACUACUUGUGUGAAUAACAACGUCAAUGACACGGUCAGUGUGAACAUUUCUCACGAAAUCACAGAUUUAGACGAUGAUGAUGUCCACAGAGGACUUCCGAAUGGUUCACCGGAAGAUAACCAAACCGUGAGAAUACAGGAAAAUGGUGGCAGGGAUUGCCGGGUACAUGGUUCACCGGACGAUAACCAAACCGUGAGAAUACAGGAAAAUGGUGGCAGGGAUUGCCGGGUACAUAUUAAUGAAGAGCCAGUGGCGAUCAAUGUGGACAGUCCGAACUUGCCACCUGGGGUCAACGGACAGAGCAAUGGCGGCCUCCCGUACAAACGGAACUCGAGUAUUCCAGACGACAAGGAUGACGUCAUAUGGUACGAAUGGAUCACUUUGCACUUCAAAAAGAUUUCUGGAAAUAAGGGUCACAUUACUCUGAAGGAAUUCAAGGAAGCCUUUCAAAUCCGGAAGGCGUUUUUUGCAGAGCGGUUCUUCCAAAUGUUUGACGAAAACGGAAGUGGAUCCAUUGAGUUGAUUGAGUUGAUGACUGGAUUGCGCACGCUCAGAAAAGGGACGCCUACCGAGAAGCUCCGCUUCCUGUUCAAGGUGUACGAUAUUGAUGGCAGUGGCUAUAUUGACCGGAACGAGUUGAACACUGUUUUGAGAACGAGCAUGGAGGAGAGCUCUCUAACUUUAGGAGAGGAUAAACUUGAAAAAAUGACCGACGCCAUCUUUGAAUCUGCAGAUACGGACAAUAGUGGGGAAUUAUCGUUUGAUGAACUUAAGGCGGAGCUGGAACAGUAUCCAGGCGUAAUGGAAAAUCUCAGUAUGAGUGCUGCAUCCUGGUUGAAGGUACCCACGGGAAAACAAGCACAGAAAUCCUCCGCAUCGUCUCGGUACUUAACGACCACGUACUAUCGUAACAAUUGCAAAAAGAUCGUGUUUCUCAUCAUUUACAUCCUGGUCAACAUUGCGCUUGGUUGCUAUGCUGCCUAUAACUACAAAGACUCGAACGGCUGGUACAUUUUGGCGCGAAUCUGUGGUAUGAAUCUAAACUUCAACGGGACGUUCAUUAUUGUGCUAAUGCUGCGGAAGAGUUUGACCUACUUACGACUGACAUUCCUACAUCGUUUGUUGCCAAUCGACCAGAACAUCUACUUUCACAAACUCUGUGGUGCUUUCAUCGCCUUUUUUAGUUUCUUCCAUACCGUGGGACAUAUCGGCAAUGCAUUCGUCGUUGUCGAAGAACUUGAACAUAUGAAGAACGCGACCACGGACAUGCAUGUCUGGGAGGUCCUGUUAACGACCAAAGCUGGGAUUGGUUUCGUCGGGGCGAGCGCCUUCAUCACUGGCUGGAUGUUGGACGUGGUACUUGUUAUAAUGGUGAUAUGCUCUUUGCCAUUUGUCAGGAGAUCUGGCCAUUUUGAGGUGUUUUACUGGUCACACAUGCUUUACAUUGCUUUCUGGGUCCUGCUCAUCCUCCACGCGCCGAACUUCUGGAAAUGGUUUAUAGCCCCAGGCAUAAUUUUCAUGGGAGAGAAAUUUUUCCGUAGCAAGUUUGUGAAGCGCGUUCGAUACGGAACAAAUCAUAUUCAGGAGGUCACCAUCUUACCUUCUGGUGUAACCCAACUUGUGAUAUCAAAAGGUGACAAGUUCCACUACAAACCUGGUGAUUAUUGCUUCAUUCAGAUUCCGUGUAUCGCUCAGUAUGAAUGGCAUCCCUUCACUAUCAGCAGUGCCCCGGAAAUGAGUGGAAAGUUUACACUGCACAUACGAUCGGCUGGUCACUGGACAAACAAGUUGUACGAGUAUUUUGAAAACCUCGAUCCCGGGUUAGGGAAUACGUUUGAUGACGAGGAAGAUGUCAUACCCAAAGGACGAGGCAUGAGUAGACGCGGAACACGUGGCCGUUCUCUCUACAAAAGUGUGAAAGGAACCUUCCAGAGAUCUGAAAAGAACGAUGAACAAACGCUGGAAGAAUUGAAGGCUGAAAAGAGAAGAAGACGGAAACAUAAGAAAGUCAAGAUUUUGUGCAGUAUUGACGGUCCUUACGGAACGGGAUGUAGGGAGGUGUUCGACACGGAACACGCGGUACUUAUCGGGGCGGGGAUAGGCGUCACACCCAUGGCGUCCAUACUUCAGAGUGUCAUGUUUCGCUACAAGGCGUCCAAACGUCAAUGUCCAAAUUGUAACCACGAGUUCUACGGCGAGAUCUCCGAACACUCCAUGAAACUAAAAAAGGUGGAUUUUAUUUGGAUCAAUCGAGACCAGAAGUGUUUUGAGUGGUUUAUGAGUAUGCUGACCGAGUUAGAGAUGGAACAGGCCGAACUUGACCGCUCGGACUCUGGCAGUCUUGACCGUAUCAUUGACAUGCAGUUCUAUAUGACCUCUGUGAAGGACCUGACAGACAUGAAGGGGAUUGGCCUCCAGCUGGCCAUGGACUUAUUACACAAGAAGGACAACAAGGACCUCAUCACCGGCCUACACACUCGGACACAGGCAGGCAGACCCAAGUGGAGCAAGGUAUUCAAGGGCAUUGCGGCACAAAAGAAAGGCAAGGUGAAGGUAUUCUUCUGUGGAGCUCCAGCGCUUGGAAAAAUAAUUAAACUGGAAUGUGAGAAAAUCAAUUUUUCAUUCUCAAAAGAAAAUUUCUAAGCAUCAAGGAUCGUACAAAACUGAAGUUCAUCUAUUUAACUCUGGAUUCGUGGGCUGUUUAAUGAUUCAGAAUAGCAGUCACAAAUUCCAGGUGUAUAUUGUGAAGGAACCAUGAGACACGUUGAUAGGGAGUGAUAUCCAAUGGGACGGAUUUACUUAUAUACCGGUGUGACACUUUGAUAGGGAGCGAUAUCCAAUGGGACGGAUUUACUUAUAUACCGUCGGGACACGUUGAUAGGGAGUGAUAUCCAAUGGGACGGAUUUACUUAUAUACCGGUGUGAAAUGGAGGGUGCUACAAUGUUCUCAAGUGGAAGCAAAACAAGAAUUAUUGAAAAUUUAUUUUAAGGAAAACUUUUAUUUUAUAACAGACUUCACGCUGUGAUGAUUAUUGAAUGUAUUUAACGUGUAAAUAACUCUCCGAUAGGAACCACAUUUUUAAUAACUUACAGCUUAACAAACGCCAAGGGCGUAUAUUGCGUAUUAAAAGAAACGAUUCAAGCGAGUCUGCAGUUGAUGUGGUUAUGUCCUGGUUAGGGCACUCCGUUACUGAUGUACAGGUCCUUACGUCGGCUUGUCGUCAGCUCGGGUGUCCUGAGGAUUGGCCUAAUAUAUAUAGCUAUUUGUUAGAAAUCCAUCUUGUUUUUGAUUGAGGUUAUUUUGUGUGAAAAUAGCUGGCGUUCAUUUUACCUCAAUAGAUGUAUCCGGUUAUAGCUGAUGAUGACGUCUUAAGGAACUUAACGCCUGUUCAGUGAAGCGUGAAGAAUAAAGCUAAUAUUUUCCGAUUUAUUUCUUGGAGUCGUAGACAUUAAGCUAUACCUGUGAUCUAUCCUACUCUCUUUUGUUUAUUGAUUAAUACAUGUCCAUAUCGUAUUUGAAUAUACCUAUAUUUUUGUAAGAUUUUACAAUUUGAAUAUUUCUUGAUCAACCAAGUGCAUAAUGCAAUUUUGUUAUCAACCUUCUGUAUAUAUGUUUAUAUAUCUGUAUAUUUUUACAAAGUUUUAAUUUUCGUAAAAAUCACAUUCUCCCAAGCCGGCUUGGAAAAGGAAAUGCUGAUAUUUUUACACAAAAGUCUUAAAGUUAUAAUGUGUUUGAAGCCAGUGCGCAAUGUCACAAAUUAAUAAUGAGAGCAUGCAGCCAAACGCAGUCCCGCUAGGUGGUAUUAACCGUUGUAAAACUCAAUAAACAAUAUUUUAUCGAUCUUUUAUUCGCGUGCAUGACGAAAACUCUCGGUAAAUAUGCAUAACAUAUAAAUGUAUUCCAUUCAAUACACUUGGUUUAAAAUUAAUUAGGCCUUUUUGUUUUAUUAAAUUCAUUUGAAUUACAGGUAAAUCUAAUUUGAAUUGAUAUCCUGAAUAUACAAAAUUUGUUUCGCUUAAUGUCUCGUUCAGUUAUAAUCUAACAUUCAAUUCAUGGAUAACAUCAUGGAAGGGCAUCUUAAUGUAACAAUUCUCUUUCAAUUUUACUUUCAAAAUUAUUGAAUCUCAAAGCCACGAAUACAUGUAUGGUUAGUGGAGCAAUGCUUCCCUCGCAACGAAACUGGAAUAUCAAGAAAUUAAUAAUUCAAAAAACAUGCCUCUCUCAAAUAUUGUAUUUUUAAAUGUAAAUCAGACUUCGACAGUCCACACCACGAUAGGCUGUUAGCUGUGAUAAGAUACAAGAAUUUUUAUUUAGAGUCGUGUUUGUAACAAUGCAACUUUAGCUCAAAAGAGCUAUUCUUACGACUAUAUAAAUAUGAGAUUUCGAGGGCUAGAAUCCUAGUUAUUAAAUGGAAUGUUAAUUGGUACAUAACUAAAAUUGAGUUAUAAGUGGCAUGACAUGAUUUCGUCCCUGUAUGUGUAUUUGAUCGAUGUAAACACUUUAAUAUGAAACACUUAAGCUCUAUCACAUUUGAUGUGUAGCCAGGUGUACCGGUGUUUAUCAUUAAAAUCCAAUAACGACAAACGUCCCCGUCUAUCCCAGUAAGUGAUAUGUGAAACAUCCAACUGAUAUCAAUGUAAUUCGAGGAAUAAACUGGGUAUAAAACGAUACAUUGCAUAGCUUUUCCUGAGUGACACGUCAAAACAGAUAUAACAAACAUUUUUUUGAGAUUCAAUCUAAGGCGUGCGUAAUGGUUUCACGCUUAAGUCAACACAACAUAUAUGUGUAUAUACAUAUAUGUUGAUACGGUGUAACAAGUGCCCUAUUGGUAUAAGCAAGAAGUUGACACGCUCGUGCAGUGUUACGCGUAAUACCAAGGUAAUGUGUUACCGACAUCACCAUUUUUGCCUCAAGCUAAUAAUGAGUUCAGCUCCAUAUAUAUGGAAAUCCUAGCUCUAAAACAGUUUAAGAGUUGUUGAUAUGGGGCUAAGCUAAACCUUGACUUAAAAUCCAAUGAAUGUCAAAACUUUAAAUUCAACAUUUUAAAAAUAUUUUUAUUUCGCUUUUAAUGUUGAUGUGACAUAUUUCAAUGGGCAUAAUUGUGUGUAUAUAAACUACUCCUCUUUGUAAGCCACACUGUUAAUAAUAAUCAGUAACACACAUGUAAGUCACACGGGAACCCUUGUGUAACGUAGGGUAGUUUGGUUAACGCAUAGGCGAGCGAAUGAAAUCGUAUGCGAGAAAAAGAGAGAAACUGAGGAGAGGGAGAGAGAGAAAGGGGGGGGGGGGGGG